CCUUCACCACUGCUCAGGGGGAAACAGCAACACAGAGGAGAUCCCUCCAGAAAAUAACUAUGGUUUAUCAAAAAGAGAUGAAGACCAUGCCGGAAAAAAUCACAACUAUGAGGGACCUAAAUGAGUGUGGAUUUGGUCAGCCUGGGCCCAGGCAUGGACUCAAGCUCUUGUACUGGUUUGCUAAGGACUGUAUCUGGGUUAAUGACGAUGGCGACAUGUUCCUGGCCUGUAACCCGGCAGAGGGAGUCUUUGGCUUUCACCUCUUUGAGAACAGAUACACCAAACGUAAAGAGAAACUUCUUCCAGAUGUGAACUUUCACUACUAUUUGCUGGGCAAUCUGAAUUCGCCAGGAGCUAAUAUGCUGCCGGAGUACAUCAAGAAACACAACAACAGCAUGCAUGACGUAAACAACGCGGACCGCCUCAUCGUCACUGAUCACGAACAGAGGAAGUUUGGGAACAUUUACCUGACCACGCACAAUGAUCAGUCAAAUUAUGAUCCGAACGCCACAUUUCAUAUCUCCAGGAGCCUCCUGAAGAUCAUCAAAUCAUAUCCAAAUCUAGAAGACUUUCUGCAGGGCCUUGAGGAUGAAACAUCUAAUCAGCCAGCUUCGGUUGCAUUUGUUGGACUGUAUCAGAUGGUGCAGGUAGAAUCUGAAAAGAGAAUUGAUGUCACUGUAGAUACCGAUACACCAUCUCGAAACUGUGUCUGUAGCUGUACUAUACUCUGAAAUUGUUUCAUGAGGAAAAGUUGGGAGGGGAAAGUCUCUGAGAUGUUCAGAGGUCAAGAACGCACCGACUGAACGCAUGGGGGAAACCAGCUAGAAGCAGUUAGCGUUUGAUUUAGUGGUUAGAUUAGUUUCACUAACAGUUAAAGAUUGAUGUGCUUAGCUAUGUGCUCAUCUGCAGACUGAACUAGUCCAAGUAAACAUGUAAACUUUUUUUGUCCAUU